UAAUUAUUCCAAGUAUGUGUAUAAUUAAUUAAUUUAUUAUUCUGCUUUGUUUCAGAAAUGAGAGUACAACCUUUUGUCAUCAUGUUUUUUCGGAUGAAAACCCCGUAAAUAAUUUAUAAUGGAAAACGGUAGCUGUAAAGACGAGCCUUUCGGUAAUUACACCACAUUUUUCGGGCAAAGCGAUGUUCCGGAAUGGGAAGCAUUUUUUACAAUCGGCACUUUAUCCGUUAUUAUACUGCUCACAAUCAUCGGCAACAUUUUGAACUUCUUCAUCGUAUCUCUAGCGGUAGCAGAUCUGACAGUUGCCAUUUUGGUGCUGCCUUUUAACGUCGUUUACUCCGUGCUGGGAAGAUGGACCUUUGGAAUGGACGUAUGCAAGAUGUGGUUAACUUCGGACGUCCUAUGCUGCACUGCAUCCAUCCUAAAUCUGUGCGCCAUUGCACUAGACAGGUUUUGGGCAAUAACCGACCCAAUUAACUACGCUCAAAAACGCACGUUAAAAAGAGUUCUGCUCUUGAUUGCCGGCGUGUGGUUGCUCUCCUUGCUAAUAAGCUCGCCACCCUUGAUCGGAUGGAACGAUUGGCCGGACACCUACGCAGAGUUCGAAAAAAAUCAGGAGUGUUCGUUGACGCGUCGUCAAGGCUACGUCAUUUACUCCAGCUUGGGUUCGUUUUUCAUACCGCUGUUCAUCAUGACGAUUGUGUACGUGGAGAUUUUCGUCGCGACUAAAAGGAGAUUGAGGGAGAGGGCGCAAGCUUCAAAAAUCAACACCUUGUCGAAAAAUCAGGCCACUGUCAACGAAGCGCAGCCGGAUAAUGUUUCAGUGAGUAGCGAGACGAACCACAACGAUCUAGCGGAGAGAAACGGCAAGUUGAAAACGAAAAAGAAGAAGAAACACCCCAAUGUGGAGAGCAAUGAAGCUUCCGUGCACUUAAAGCCGAUAUUGAUCCACGAAGAUUCGCUCACGGAUAAUCCAGAAUCUUCCUCAUCGCGGAAAAACUCCAUACCAUGUACUUCAACCAUCGCAGCGUGCCCUUCCACGAUCGUAAAAAUCAACAACGAAAAGCAACCGCAACCGAAAGUCGUCAUAAACGACAACAAAAAAGGUUUCGUGUCGCAGUUUAUAGAGGAAAAGCAGAGGAUCUCUUUGUCGAAGGAGCGCAGGGCCGCAAGGACCUUGGGCAUCAUAAUGGGGGUGUUUGUCGUUUGUUGGCUCCCUUUCUUCCUCAUGUACGUAAUCCUGCCGUUUUGCCCGACUUGCUGCCCAUCCAGAAGGCUCAUCAACUUCAUCACCUGGCUGGGUUACAUAAACUCCGUUCUAAACCCGAUCAUCUACACCAUCUUCAAUUUGGAUUUCAGAAGGGCGUUUAGAAAACUGCUGGGGUUAAGACCUUAG